CUGAGGGCGGUGAUGGCGCUGCGCAGGUCACCGUUUCCCCAGCGAUCCCGUGGGCUGCCCUGUCCUCAGUUCCAGGGAUGAAGCUGCCCCUGAGUGCCCCCCCGGACAUCCUGAUGGACCAGCCCCCGUCCUGCCAGACAGACUCUCUGGAGCCCCAUCCCCCCGACACCCCCCCCCCGCAGCCUGAGGUCCUGGCGGAAGCUGAGCCCCUCUCCUCUGCCGAUUCCCCCGAGUCUACGGAAGCCCAGGAGGCCCACAGCCAGGUGCAGCAGGUGGUGUCCAGCCUGCAGGCCCGUCUGACUGCCAGCGAGGAGGAGAAGGCCCGCAUCCAGCAGGAGCUGCAGGACAUGAUGGCCAGGCAGGCGCAGAUGGAGGAGCUGCAUCAGGAGCAGAAGGGGGCGGAGUCUGACGUCCACCGCAGGCGCUAUGCUGAACUGCAGGAGCAGCACAGCACCAGCCUUGAGGAGAUGAGGAGGGCCGGACACCAGUCCUUGAGUAUAAUCGUGGAAGAGUUUAAGGCUCUGACGCGGUCCGCUGUGGAGCAGCAGCAGGAGGUGGCAGAGUCUCGGCUGCAGGCCGCUCUGGAGAAACAGAGGCAGAGGUGCGAGGACCUGCUGGAGGCCCAGCACCAGAGGCUGCUGUCCCUGCUGGAGGCUGGGAGGGAGGCUCUGGAGGAGAGACUGAGGGAAACACUGAGACUGCAGACCCAGCAACACAAGGAGGAUAUGGAGAUGUGUCUCCAGGAGGAGAAGCAGAAAGCUGAACAGGCCGUAGAGGCAGCUGUGCAGGCUCAGGCAGGCCGGGUAAAGGAGGCGGUGCUGGAGGCGGUUCAGGAGGAGAGGAGGCGGGGCCAGCAGCAGGAGGCGGGGCUGAGAGCGGAGUUGGAGGCGGAGCGUCGCAGAGACAGAGAGUCGCUGGAGCAGGCCAUCCGAGAGGCUCUGAGGGACCAGAACAGAGUCAGCAAGGAGGUGCUGAGGGAGGCGGUGGAGGAGGAGCGGCAGGCGGGAGAGAGGAGGCUCCAGGAGGCUGCUCUGAAGGUGCGGGAGGAGCUCAUGGACUACAUGAAGGAGCAGAAGAGGCUGGACCAGGUGACCCGGAAGCAGACCCUCUCCAGCGUGGAGCUCUUCCUGUCGUGUGCGCAGAGACAGAUUGCUGGCCUCCUGCAGGACAGCCCCCCUGCGGAGGAGGACACGCCCUCCAGCAGCCCAAGCCUCUGACUGACAGCUGCCCUGCCCCGCCCCCUCCUGCCCAAAACAGACUGCAGGUCACUCAGCCAGUCAGCAUCCGCCCUACUGCCCUGACGGCCAAUCAGAAUCCUCCCUACUGCCCUGACUGACCUCUCCAUGCUCAAAGGCUGUGUUCCUGUCAGUCACCUGACCCCCACACACAGAGCCCCCCCCACAUCCGUCCAUGUCUAACGUGCUCUGUCUCUGUCUCUGUCUCUGUCUCUGUCUCUGACUCUGACUCUGUCUCUGUCACUGACUCUGACUCUGACUCUGUCUCUGACUCUGACUCUGACUCUGACUCUGACUCUGACUCUGACUCUGACUCUGUCUCUGUCUCUGUCUCUGUCUCUGUCUCUGACUCUGUCUCUGACUCUGACUCUGACUCUGUCUCUGUCUCUGACUCUGACUCUGACUCUGACUCUGUCUCUGUCUCUGACUCUGUCUCUGUCUCUGGCUCUGGCUCUGACUCUGUCUCUGUCUCUGACUCUGUCUCUGACUCUGUCUCUGUCUCUGUCUCUGUCUCUGACUCUGACUCUGACUCUGUCUCUGUCUCUGUCUCUGACUCUGUCUCUGGCUCUGUCUCUGUCUCUGUCUCUGUCUCUGACUCUGUCUCUGUCUCUGUCUCUGACUCUGUCUCUGUCUCUGACUCUGUCUCUGACUGACUCUGACUCUGUCUCUGUCUCUGACUCUGACUCUGACUCUGACUCUGACUCUGUCUCUGACUCUGACUCUGACUCUGACUCUGACUCGGACAGUGACUCUGACUCUGACUCUGACUCUGACUCUGACUCUGACUCUGACUCUGGCUGUGGGGAGCGUGAGGGUGGGAGGGGCUGCGACCACGUCUCUCCUGUGAGCCGCUGUCUGAGGAGCUGAACUGGGAUGAACACGCCAUUGUUUCAGACACAAAUCUCCACCCAGCGUCUCUGGUCUUGAGGAAACAGGGAACCUUGCUAGUCCUCUUGUCUCAGAUGCAGCAGCCUAGAUCAGUCGAGCACAGACGAGUAUUUCAAUCCAACCGUCGCGCAUUUGAGGCAGGGCUGCUCAGCUCACAGGCUCUACCCACGCGUUUACCUGUUUACCUGUUUACCUGUUUACCUCCGUCACUGCGGAGUGGAAAGCUGAAGAGCCUCAUCUCCCCGGGAGGUGAACAGCGAAGGGCUGAUCCCGGGAGGUGAACAGCGAAGGGCUGAAACACUGCUGUUCACAGAGUGUGCACUGAAGGGGGUUUGGCAAUAAAGUUUCACAACUGAACAAAA